AUGGUCUUGAACCGGGGGCACAUUUUUAAGAACUACACCAAUUGUAUAAGUUCCGAUCCUAAAUAUCCAGGAAUUAUAGAGUCAACGGAGGAGUUUAAGUUUGUGGAGAGAUUGAUUCCACCUACCACAGUACCUGUUCCUCCGAAACAUGAUCACUACCCCACACCAUCAGGCUGGUGCCCACCUCGAGAUCCACCUCCUGACUUGCCCUACUUCAUCCGGCGUUCCCGGAUGCACAAUAUCCCCGUUUAUACGGAUAUCACCCACGGCAACAGGAAGAUGACUGUCAUUCGGAAAAUAGAAGGUGACAUUUGGGUAUGUGACACGGUGAAUUUAAUCUUGUAACGUUAAGGCAAAAGU